AAUGGAAUGUACCGGGAAAGUAACUAGAAGGAACCCGACUGGCCGAGCACCGGGAGGGUCCGUGCAAGGCAGUAGAGGGGCUUCUAGAGUGUCCAGGGGACAAGGCCGUGGGGGCCAAGAUCAGACCGUGAGUGACGGUCAUGCUGAUACAGUGAAUUAGUCUUAUGAAUCCGAGGAGGAUUCAACGUAUCAACCAGGAACUGAGCCGGUUGAGACCCCAUAUGAUGGGGAAUAUGAUGAUGAUGAGGAGGAGGAGAGCGACGAUGAUGACGCUCUAGAAAGGAUGGAUGAACUACUCCAUCAAUAUCAACAGGAUCACCAAAGGCGCCGUGCAAGGCGUGCUUUGGGAGGGGCUUCAAGAAGAGGAAGCCAUGUGGGUUCUAGGGAACAUGUGGAGUCCCGACAUGAUCGAGGUGCCGAGGUCCAAUAAUAAGAAUCUCAAAGUACCUCAAAGAGGCGAGAGAUUUGGGGUGCAACCCGUUCGAUGGAACGGGGGACAUCUCUAUUGCGGCCGAGUGGAUCAAAAGGUUCAAUGAGGCGGCUCUUGACAUGCAACUACCGCCAAACAUGAAGAUGAGAGUAGCAACGAGGUUGCUAGAAGGGAUGGCGUCCACAUGGUGGGAUGGAGUCAAGGGGAAGUAUGGUGAGAAUGUCACUUGGGAGAAUUUCCGGCAAGAAUUCUUCAACCAAUACUACUCUGACUUCGAGGUGAACUUGAAGAGGAGGGAAUACACCAACUUGACCCAAGGAGGCAAGUAUACCGUGAGGCAACUUGAGCACAAGUUCAGGGAGCUCGCGGAGUUCAUACCGGAGUAUGCUUGUGAUGAGAACCGGAUGGUGAAUCACUUUUGGGAUGACUUGGACCUAGACGUGCGUGAGCGGGCAACACAAUUGCCUAUCAUGACGUUUAGUCAAGUGGUGGAGCAAGACCUGAAAGGAGAGAAGGAAUGGGAGGAAAGAAAGCUGAAAAACGCCGAGGAGGCGAAAAAGAGAAAAUGGGAGAACACCGGCCCUCAAGGUUCUAGCAAAAAGGGGGACCACGGGGGAGGUGGGUCUUUUAGAACACCCGCACCACCAUCACGAGGGAAUCAAGGCCCAAGAGGGCAACGCUCGAGGUCGCAAGGCUCGGGGCGCUAUAAGGUGCAAUAACUGCAAAAGGAACCACACGGGCAAGUGUCGUGAUCCCCACGGUGCUACCAAUGCAGGGAGGCGGGACACUUCAGGAGCAACUGCCCACAACUCGGGCAAGUCAUGGGUGCAGGACCUAGUAGCGGGACUACGGCAAGUAGAAACCGGACAGGAGCACCUCAUGGAGCACGGGGCAUGGCGGGCCAAGUACAAGCAACGCGCCAUCCGUGAACCAAGGCAAGACCCAAGCUAGGGUCUAUGCGAUGACGGAGGCGGAUGCACGUGCUAACCCGGACUCCGUUGCGGGUAAUUCCUUAAACUCACGUUUUAAUCUAUUGUAAGCCAUAGGAGUGUUGAACUUGUAAAUUUAUAACCCCGACGAGUUUGGUCAGGUUUGGAGAGAAAAAGGGGAGGAGAAUCCUCGCCCUAGGCGAAUGCCGCCCGGCUUUGACGGAAACCGCCCGGCUUUCGUCCGAAUUAAAUGAGAAAAUACUACGGCACUGAACGUCGGUCGGCUUCCACCGAAGACCAGCCGGCUUUCGAAGGUAGACAACCUGGGAAAUUUUCUUGCUGAAGAAAAUCGGCCGGCUUUUAGCAAAGCCCGGCCGGCUAUGGAGGAUAAUUAUUCCAAAAUUCUACGGCGCCAAAACCCGACCGGCUUUCAUGGAAACCGGCCAGCGUUCGUUGGGCCUGGGAAAUCCUGCGCUGAUGAAACCCGGCCGGGUUUCGUAGAAACCGGUCGGCUUUUGGGAAUUAAUUAGGAAUUAUACUACGGCAACGAAACCCGACCGACUUUCGUAGAAACCGGUCGGCUUACGGGUGUCCGACUUCUGAGUUGGCAUGAACACCGGCUGGCUUUCGCAAAGCCCGGUCGGCUUUCACCCGGUUUGGUCUUAGAGUGAUUCUAAAGGCUAGAAACCGGGAAAUUUUGGUAGGGCGACGGACGGUCUCCAUCUGAACCGCGACCAACAUACCCUAUGACUUAAGAAACAUGGUUAUUAACUAGAUAGUGGGUCUUACAUUACUUAUGAAUGUAGGAACACUAAAGGUAAUUGGAGAGACGCAAGAAUCCUUAUUGACACCGGGGCGCAAUGAUCAUUCGUGAGUGAGGCGUUCGCCAAGGGAUUCAAUGAACCGCUAGUACCGAUGAGUCAAACCUUAUCGGUAUCUACACCUUUAGGGGAUGAUAUCGAAAGAGAUAGCCACUACCCAUCGUGUGAGGUGGAAGUAGAGGGCUAACCCUUGACGUGUGAUUUUGUACCGCUGAGUAUGAUCGAGUUUGAUGCGAUCCUCAGAAUGGAUUGGCUUGAGAAACAUCAUGUUAGGGUCGAUUGCUACACGAAGGUUCUUGAACUCGAAAGCGGUGAGGGGCUUACCUUACGCUUUGAGGGAGAUAGAGGCAAGUCAAACAGUUGUAUCAUAUCCGCCGUGAGAGCGAGGAAUAUGAUGAGAAAGGGAUGCCACGCAUAUCUAGCAUACGUGCUGGACAAGACCAAAGAAGAAUUUGACAUCAAUAAUGUGAGAGUGGUGUGCAAGUACCCGGACGUCUUCCCAAAAGACUUGUCGGGACUCCCACCCGAUAGGGAGAUUGAGUUCGUGAUCGAGGUUGAACCCGGUACCAAACCAAUCUCUAUACCGCCAUACAGAAUGGCACCCACUGAACUUAAUGAGUUGAAAACUCAACUGCAAGAGCUAUUGGAUAACGGUUUCAUAAGACCGAGUUACUCUCUGUGGGGAGCACCGGUCCUUUUCGUUAAAAAGAAGGAUGGGACACUCCAAAUGUGCAUUGACUAUCGUCAACUGAACAAGGUCACAAUCAAGAAUAGGUAUCCCUUGCCUAGGAUUGAUGACUUGUUUGAUCAACUCGAGGAGCGACAGUGUUUUCGAAGAUCGACUUGAGGUCGGGGUACCAUCAGUUGAAGAUAAAGGAGGAUGACAUACCGAAGAGUGCUUUCCACACAAGGUAUGGUCACUUUGAGUUCUUAGUCAUGUCAUUUGGGCUAACAAACGCCCCAGCGGCAUUUAUGGACUUGAUGAACCGAGUAUUUCAUAAAUACUUGGACCGGUUUGUGAUCGUGUUCAUAGAUGACAUCUUGAUUUACUCGAAGAGUGAAGAAGAGCAUGAGGAGCACUUGAUACUUGUUCUUGAGACACUACGGGAGAAGCAACUCUAUGCUAAAUUUUCCAAGUGUGAAUUUUGGCUAAAGGAGAUUGGCUUUCUCGGGCAUGUGGUUUCGGGAUCAGGAAUAACAGUUGACAACAAGAAGAUUGAAGCCAUUACCGAAUGGGAGAGGCCAAAGAAUGUCAAGGAAAUUCGUAGUUUCCUUGGAUUGGCAGGGUAUUAUAGGAAGUUCGUGGAGAAAUUCUCAGUUUUGGCAUCGCCAUUGACAAAACUUACUCGAAAAGGGGCCAAGUUUGUAUGGAAUGACCGAUGUGAGAAGGGAUUCCUUGAACUGAAGAAGAGAUUGACCGAGGCACCGGUACUUGCAUUAACCAAACAAGGUAUGGGGUACGAUGUCUAUAGUGAUGCGAGCAUCCAAGGGCUUGGAUGUGUAUUGAUGCAGAAUGGGAGGGUGAUUGCCUAUGCUUCACGGCAGUUGAAGAAACAUGAGGUAAACUAUCCUACUCAUGAUUUAGAGUUGGGAGCUGUGGUGUUUGCACUGAAGAUAUGGAGACAUUAUCUCUACGGGGAGACGUGUCACAUAUACACUGACCACAAAAGCAUGAAGUAUGUGUUUACUCAAAAAGAGUUAAACAUGAGACAGAGAUGAUGGAUGAAGUUGAUAAAAGACUACCAUCUAGUCAUUGAGUACCAUCCCGGUAAAGCCAACGUGGUAGCGGAUGCCUUGAGCCGAAAGAGUUCCUCGGGGGCAUUGUUGACUAUCCUGAGAGCAUUGAGAGCCCAAUAGGAGGUAGCUAACAAUGGUGCCUUGUUGGCAAGAUUCGAGGUGAGACCUACAUUACUUGAUGAAAUCAAGAAGGGUCAAGAAACGGACGAAGAGCUUAUGAAGGUCCGUGAACACAUGCUAGCGGGACCGGUUGAGGAUUUCAGGGAAAGAGACGAUGGUCUCUUAUUAUUUCGUGACCGAGUGUGUGUACCAGCGGAUGAUGAGCUCCGAAAGUCCAUCUUGGAGGAGGCUCAUUCAUCGGCAUAUGCCAUGCACCCGGGAGGUACAAAAAUGUAUCGUGAUUUGAAGGAAAGUUACUGGUGGUCCGAUAUGAAGAGAGAAAUAGCCGAGUACAUCAGUGUGUGUCUUACUUGUCAGCAGGUUAAGGCAGAACAUCAGCAUCCAGCUGGGUUAUUACAGCCACUUUCCAUUCCUGAAUGGAAGUGGGAACACGUGACUAUGGAUUUCGUGGUGGGGCUGCCACGGACGGUUAAGAACUACGAUGCCGUAUGGGUUGUGGUUGAUAGGCUCACAAAGAGUGCACAUUUCCUACCUAUCAACACCACCUAUGCACUGGAGAGGUUAGCCAAGUUGUAUGUGGAUGAGAUCGUGAGGCUACAUGGGGUUCCGAUAACCAUUGUAUCCGAUAGAGAUCUGCGAUUCACAUCACAAUUUUGGCCGAAGUUCCAAGAAUCUAUGGGGACAAAGUUGAAAUUCAGUACAGCCUUUCAGAUAUGCUGAGAGCUUGUGCGUUGGAGUUCCAAGGGAGUUGGGACAACCAUUUUACACUUGUGGAGUUUGCCUAUAACAACAGUUAAAAACUACGUGCUUCAUAUGAGAAGUAGGUACCCAUUUUGUCAGUGCGCCCAUUUUGCAUAGGAGAAGUAGGUACACUGUUCACUACUUCAUAUGAAGGAGGUGGAGGAAAAUUAUCUACACUAGGAGAUUCUUCAAUCCUUUCACGCUCUAAUUUCAUCUGAAUAGCCAAAAAAGGCGAUCAGCUUCAUUUUAACCUUACAAAGUUCAAUAGAAAAAUGACAGAAGCAAUAUGCCAAUACCUCGCCUUCUAAAUGUUCAAGUAUCUGGAGAACUCGAAGAUGACAACACAGUUUUCUACCAUGUCAAUUAGCUGGUGGAGUGUAAGCCUCUGCUAUUGUGCUUCGAUAGCGGUCAGGGCAGAAGCAACUUCCUUUCCCAGUAUAGUCAUGUUAGAUUUCAGACCUUGCAGUUUUGCUUGUGCUGCUUCCAGCUUCAUCUCCAUGUCAUGAUUGCCUAUUAUAUCCCUCAAUUUUGCUUGUGGUUUGGAUACUUCAAGAGUCUAUCUAAGUUAUAUGCAUGCUAAAAUUAAAGAUUAUGUAGCCAAAUUUUUCCAUCCAACAAUCAAUAGAUGGUAAAAGUAGUAGACACAACAUUACCAAUAGAAAUCUUGAUAACAAUGAAUUUGCAAAAGGAUCACCUAGAGAAAAAUGCUCAGGUAAAAUACAUAAGGGUAUGUUUUGAUACAAAAGGGGGAAAUGACAAGGCAAUUUAUUUCUUAUGUUUGGUAUUACCUGGCAAAACACAAACGAAAAUGGAAUAAGCUAAAUGUUUUGUAAAACAAAUACGAUAGUAUACUACUCCGUAAUAUGAAGUGUAUAUUUAGAUUUUUUAAUCUUAAUAUAAUAGAAAUAAAUAAAUACUACGUAAGUUUAAACAGAAAUAUGAAUAAAACUAUUUGAACUUAGACCUGUCUUAUUUUCCUACACUUUGUUCCCUUCCAAGUUUCACCUCAUUUUCCCUCUUAUUUUCUUUAGGCUAAAAGGUCAAAUAGGUACAUGAACUAACUUAAAGUGUUCAAUUAGCCCCUUAUAUAGGAGGUUCUUCCCGGCUGUCACCAAUUGAGGAAGUUCCCGGUGGAAUUGUUUGAUGAAAUUUUUUGAGAAUCUUCUUCAUUAAGUCUAGUUUACUCAUACCAAAUUUCGGAUAAACAUUCAACCAGGAAGGCAGUCAAAUGAUUUUUUGAAGAUAACUGCGCAGUUAUACAGCGCAGUACAUUUCGGAAAAUCAUUUAACUGCCUUCCCGAUUUAAGUUUUAGCUGAAAUUUUAUAUGGGUAAACUAGACUUAAUGAAGAAGAUGCUCAUAAAAUUUCAUCAAAAAUAUUUACCGGGAACCUCCUCAAUUGGCGACGGUCGGGCAGAACCUUCUAUAUAAGGGACUAAUUGAACACUUUAAGUUAGUUCAUGUACCUAUUUGACCCUUUAGCCUUUUGUAGAAUUCCCCGAGUUCCAAUAUGUACUUAAGAGUUGGAGCAGGAUGGGAACCCAGUGUACAGAGAGAAGAAUUAUAAAAUUCACCACCUUGUGUAGUUGUGUGCAUCGACAGUGUAGAGAGGGUUUGACACUUGUGAAUUAAAUACAUUUACUUUAAAAGGAAACAGUCUCUAAUCUAAUUGAAUGAGACAAAAUAACAUCCAAAUACCAGAAAAUAGCACAUUUUAAAAUGUUCAUUUGAGUACCUGUGCGUCUAUCUCUUGGUGCAUCCAGUCAUACUUCUGAUCCAAAUGUCGUGCAUCUUCCGAUGGAGCACCCAUUACUAUAGCUUUUAAUGGCUCUGCAACCUGAUAAAGAAGGCACCAACCAACUAUUAGUUUUGGGAAAAUAACUUUAAAUAAUAUCAACUAUCGCCGAUCAACCAAUACCAAUACAUACUUGAUACUUUAGCUAUAACUAUUUCAUAACGCAGCUAUUUAAGCAUUUAUAAAGAAGUGACAUGAAGCUAUUUUUAACAUAAAUUAUGGUCACUGAAUUUAUCACAAAAUGAUAUUAAACAUUUCAACAAUCAAACAAGCUUUGUUUGGAGGUUUACAGCAGUUUUGUAUGAUUUGAAUUACGGGAUUAGAUGUUGGAAAGUGACUCCGUAUUAUUUUGUUAUAUAUUUGAAUAGUUGGGGUAUGAGAUAAUUAUUUUUAUAGUACGUAUUAGUUUUGAUUGACAAGUGAUAGUUGAUAUUAUUCAAAGUUAUUUUGUCUUAACUUUUUCCAGAUGUAGUGGAUUAACAAUAAAUAAAGAAAGUUUACAGGGAAAGAAAACAAAUACUAUUUACAACAAAGGGAUAACAGUUCAAAAAACGUUUUUACCAAUAAUAUAGCAAAAGUUGAACCCACACCUCAAAACGAAAACAAAACAUCAAAGUUUUAUGGAAUUAAAAUUUUCAUGAUGAGCAUUGCCAAGUUGUCAAACACAAUGCAGUGUGACCCCAAAUUCAUUUAGCUUGUGUUGUUCCUUUUAUACCCAAGUACCCAAAAGGGUAUAUUAUAAGGAAAACAAUAGCUACAAAGAGAUUAACUUCAGCCUCUCUAACUACUUAUCAUAAGCUUUUACAACAUUGGAAAUCUUUUAAACUCCAAAGAGAAGCACAGUUCACAUUGGUGCCCCUGCAAAGCAAUGGUCCGGGGAAGGGUCCCAUCAAGCCUUAUGGGGCAAGUCCUCCCUCUUCAUUUUGAUGAGGUCACUCCCAAAAAUUGAACUCAUGACCUCUCGAUCACAUAGAAAAACUUUAAACGAUGCGCCAAUGCUCCCUUUCAAACCCUUUGCACUCUCCAUCCCAAAAAGGCAGUGUUUGGACAUAAUGUGUUUAGUAUUAAAAACAGGAAUUGUAUUGGAACAUGAUAAAAAUAGUGAUAUACAUAUAUUAAAUAACCUGUGUGCCCAUGGAUUUCAAAAGAUUUCCGUGUUCCUGCUCCAUGUGAGCAAGAGCUUGUGAAAAACACAAUGCAGCUCUUGAUAACGUAAUAUGGCUAGUACAUGUGUUGCCAGACCCAUAUUUCUUGCUGUCUUCCGAUAGCUUAAAUUAGUUCCUGUUAGAGAAACCAUUUCACCUGUGACCAUGUGAUCCCUGUACUAUUGAAUUUAAACAAAGACAUUGAUGAUUUGAAAUAUAGCCUAUCUCAACUAGCUUUGACCCAGUAAUUAUUAUUUCAGCCAUUUCAUAUAUAUCUUUGUAAAUGCUGAAAUGGCAAUGGCAGGAAACGUUAUUUUAAUAUAAAAAUCAAGAAUUAUUAGCAUAUUUUAUCCCAAACCAUCAUCAAAUUCACAAAUCUAUCCUAUUCUUUCACGUUUAUCCAAAAAAGACUCAAACUUCAUAUUUUUCAAGAAUUGUGCUUUUCUCUUUUGUUUUUUCAAAACUACACAUUUUUAUCAAUGCCAAUAAGAUAAAUAUGAAGUUUAUGAGAAUUUUGUGAAGCUUGUAUGGCUCUAAAUCAUUCUUACUUUAUAGUUUAUUAAUUCAAUAUGAACCGCAUAAACCACUUUUUAUUGAUUUGUGUGUCUCGUGUCUCAUUGUUAGUGGGACAGACGGA